AUGUGGAUCAUUAACUGGUUCUACGAUGUCCUGGCCUCCCUCGGCCUGCUCAACAAGCACGCCAAGCUCCUCUUCCUCGGCCUCGACAAUGCCGGAAAGACGACCCUUCUGCACAUGUUGAAGAACGACCGGGUUGCCGUUCUCCAGCCUACCGCUCAUCCUACAUCGGAGGAGCUCGCUAUUGGAAAUAACCGCUUCACUACCUUUGACUUGGGUGGUCACCAGCAGGCCCGUCGUCUCUGGAAGGAUUACUUCCCCGAAGUGAGCGGUAUCGUUUUCCUCGUUGACGCCAAGGACCACGAGCGUUUCCCCGAGUCCAAGGCCGAGCUCGACGCCCUCCUCGCCAUGGAGGAGCUCGCCAAGGUCCCCUUCCUCAUUCUCGGCAACAAGAUCGACCACCCCGACGCUGUCAGCGAGGACGAACUCAGACACCAGCUGGGACUCUACCAGACCACAGGAAAGGGCAAGGUGCCCCUCGAGGGCAUCCGACCUAUUGAGGUCUUCAUGUGCAGUGUUGUGAUGAGACAGGGCUACGGCGAGGGUAUCAGGUGGCUGUCUCAAUACGUUUAA